AUGGAAUGGUUAUGCAUCCGCCUAGAUAUGUUGUCUUCCAUCACAUUUGUCUUUUCCUUGAUGUUCUUGAUUUCAAUUCCACCUGGAAUCAUAAAUCCAGGCCUUGCUGGUCUAGCUGUUACCUAUGGACUGAAUUUAAACCAAAUACAAGCUUGGGUGAUAUGGAAUAUUUGCAACUUGGAGAACAAAAUUAUAUCUGUAGAAAGGAUACUUCAAUAUACAAGCAUUCAAAGUGAGCCUCCCUUUGUUUUAGAAGAAGAAAAUAGGCCAGAUCCUUCAUGGCCCGCAAAUGGCGAUGUUGUCCCACUUGAUGAAGAAUCAAUUAACCAUCUUCAGACUACAAUAAACCAGUUUACCAAUGAGGCACUUAGAACUCUAUGCCUUGCCUAUAUGGAAUUGGAAAACGAGUUCUCUGCCGAAGACACCAUUCCGGUUACUGGAUUCACUUGUAUAGGAGUUGUUGGUAUCAAAGAUCCUGUUCGUCCUGGUGUUAAGGAGUCUGUAGCACUAUGUCGUUCAGGUGGAAUAACCGUAAGAAUGGUUACAGGAGACAAUACUAAACCUGCAAAAAAACCAGUUGGCAACAUCAGCAUACACACUGAACCCAACAUGUGUGAACUCUGCAUAAAAUGCGAACUCAUGACCAAAAGGCUAGCCAAAUGA